GAUCCAAAGAACAGUUCGAUGAAGGAUGCUUUACUGGAAAGGGACCUGGGAAGGGCUAGACUGCUUUCAGAGAAACGAAAUGAAGAGGACUUUCAGGCAGUCCUUGUGGAAGCCUGUCUGGUGGGUCGCGAGCAUUUCAUAUCCUGUGGAGAAACAAAGGCAGACAGGAGCGAGCUCAUAAAGGAUGUGCUUGAGGCCUACACACACCUUAUGGACAGAGUCUUCAUGGCGGCCAAAAAGGGGAAAUAUCGAACUGAAGUUGACCCGCUGCUGCGUCGUUAUGAGUUGCCCGGAUCAGUAAGAGACGAGGAAGGGAAGUCCAUUCUACAUCACAUCGCCUCCGUGCGUACGGAUGAUCAGAGACCCAUGUGGACGCAUGUAAAUAUUGAACACUUUAUGAUGACCUACAACUGCAUUCCAAAUGCCGUCGACUACCAAGGUCGCACAUGUCUCCAUCUCUUGGCUGAAUCAGCCAUUACUUCAGACAAAAGUGUCACUUGGGGGGAAGAAGAAUUCACUGUCACUGAGUCUUGGGUUUGUCUUGGAAAAUUGUUGCUGAGUUUGGGCUGUGACCCGAGGCGUGCGGACAAUGCCGACCGACUGCCAGCGCAUAUUGCGCGGAUGAAUGGAAACUUAAGGCUAUUUGAUGUUUUGUCAAAGAAAUGUGAGGAACUACGCAAAGAUGAACAAAGUACAGAAACGAAACUAGUAUUUGACCAGAUUUUGGAGGCAGUUUAUGAAAACAAUUUACAGUCGCUAAAGAAACAAUGUUCUUUAUGCACUCAUUUGCUGCCCUUAGAAUCAAAGAUCGAUCCUCUGACAGAGGCUGUCAGAAGAGGUCAUCUGGAAGCCGCUAUGAUGCUUGUGGCUGCUGGAGCACCCCUCUGUGGCCUCCCUCUGAUAUCUGUAACGCCCCUGCACGCAGCACAUAGCCUUCCUCAGCUUCCUAUCAUCAUCCCUGUUGUCCUCAGAAAGGAAUAUGUCAACAGACUGCGAUAUGAAGCGGGCAGCAUUCAAGUUAUUUCAGAAUCAAAAGAUGAGGUCAAGCAGAAGAUCGAGACUCUUGCAAGAGGCGUGAAAUCAAUAGGUGACAAAGCUAUGUGGAGAUUCGCAGAACUCAGAGAUGGCGGAAAGGAAGCCAGGGAACUUCUCUGCAAAGCGGCGGAUCUCGGCCUCUCUCUCACAUGCCAAAUGCUAGCCUUGGAAGGCGUCAACAUUCACCCUCUCCCGCGAGAGCCACAUCCUGUCCAGCAAGCCUUUGACAAGAAGCAAAUGCCGACGAUGAGGGUGCUCUUCAGAGAUCUCCACAUGUCCUUAUUCUCCAUCUUCGAUAAAGUAGACAACAACUCGCCAUUAUACACAGCUAUUGAGAGUCUCGAAUUCCAGCAGUUUGAACAUUUGUGCGAAAAGAUGAAAAAUACUUCACCAAGAAAUUCCUUUAUACAACAACUGAAGAGUGCAUAUAAUGGGGACCAUAAAGGCGAGUUAGACAACACAGUUCUGUCCUAUAUAGCAAGGUAUGGCUUAGUUUGUUUGUUCCACAAGAUCAGGUCAUAUGUACUGAAUCUUGAUGCUCCUGUAGACAAAGUCUCAGGAUUCACGAUGCUUCAGAUUGCCGCCCUGUACGGUCGCCUGGGAAUGGUGGAGUAUUUGCUUUUCAGUGGUGCGAAUAUCGCAGUUCAGACCAAGCAAGAACUAACUGCUGUGCAUCUAUCGGCUAUUAAGGGAAAUAAAGAAUGCACAGAAUACUUGCUGGAAUAUAUGAAUUGCCUGGGUCUUCCGGCAGAUGCAAACUUAUCUCAAAGUGUAUCACACCAUCAUCUGGAUGCUGGCUAUGGGAAACAGGUAGAGGACUUCAGUACUGUUUUGCUUCCAGAAAAGGAUGGGUUGGAAAUUCUCUGCACAGUAACCGCAUAUGCAAGGAGCAAAAUUUUGCUUAACAAAAAGUUCCAAGAGUUAAAAAUUUCAAGUAGUGAUGGUUUUUCCAGUUUCAUAAGAAAGCACAGGACAACAUUUGAUGAUUCCAUAAGGGAAUUAGCAGAGGAAGUGAAGAGCCUGCUAACAGAAAUCAGCAGAACAAACCCCAAAUUUCGGGGAAACCUCGUUCCGCUUUCAGAUAACUAUGAUUUAAUUUCAAAAGAUUCACUUCAACUGUACUAUGAGCUUGAACUUAAUUCAGAUAAGGACUUCCAUGUCUCUUACACUAAGAAAGGAGACGUAGUUUCUGCAAGUGUUUCCUUCUACAACCCAAACUUUACUGGAUUCUGUUUGAAAGAAGAGUUCUGUAAAGCAGUACUAGAAACUCUUAUUGGUUACACUGUUAAGACACAAAAUUUGUGGAUGCUGUACCCUUGCUACACCGUUACUGAGAUUGGUGUAUCCUUAUAUUAUGUUUGGUACAAAAAUGGUAGAACCAGACAGAUGAGGGUGAUGCUUACACCUGUUCUUAAGACAAAGUUCCCAAAGCAUCUUAUCAGCCAGUCGCAUCAUCCUGCGGUCGAUUUCUUGAAGGAGAUUGACCUUGUUUAUUUGGCUAGUUGUAAAGAGGAUGACUGGACAUUCAUCUUGACCGAGGUGCAAAAUCAAAUAUUUUCAACAUUAAGAGGGGACCAGCAACUCGUCUACAUGGCUUGCAAGUUGAUAAUAAACUUCCUGUAUUCCUGCUGGUGGUUCCCUCGCGAACACAGCAGAAGACACUGUCACAACUGGCAUUUCUUCUCCGUGGGACUGGUCACUUUGCCCUACCGCGUCCUCAUGUCCCUCUUCCUCGAGGAAGUAGCCUCAGCACCCCCUGAGGCCUGGGAGCCCGCCAUGUUCCUGGACCGGAUCAUAUCGACCUUCAAGAGAGCCACGGACGAGGAGGAGAAGGGACGACUUCCAAGGAAGGAAAUACGACUGCUGCUUGACCCAACCAACACUGUGCAGAAGCCUGUGAAUAAACUUAUUUGUGCGAUUCUCGAAUUCCUAGAGAACGUAAAAUGAAUGAAAAACAAUAGACUGGCAUGGGAACAGGCGGGUUACAAGUCAUAUAUAUGUAUAUAAACACAAACACACAUACACACACACACACACACACAGGUAUAUAUAUAUACAU